CCCAGUGCCCUGCCGCUCCCCCUGUGCUUCCCCCUCCCGAGUCGGCCCUCGGCUUAGCAUUGGUCCUUCAGGAAACGCGGUAGGGCACUUCGGUCCCCGCGUCGGAGCUGGGGCCGGGACCUGGCAAGGGGGUUUGCCCCGGCGCUAGUCGGUCAGGUCGGCGCCCCUGACAGCUCCGGGAGCCUCUGGCGCCGCGGACGCGCCAGCCCCAGCGCCAACCACCCGAGCGCCCGGCGGGGCGCCGCGAGGCAAAGCCGGAGAGCCGGCCGCGCCACCAAGGUGAGAGGCCCCGGCUCGCAGCAAGCGCUCCGACCCGGCUCUCCUCUCCUCCGCCAGGCUGCGUACCUGGGUGGCUGGGGACGGGCGCCUUUCCUCUCCGCGGCCUGAGGGCCAGCGUAGACACCACUCCCGGCGAGGGGCUGGAAGAAGGAGAAGGCAGGCACUCCUCGGGGGCGUCCCCCCGCCCCCAGCGAUCGGCGCGGAGCGGAGAUGGAGUUAGAGCCCGAGGCCAGUGUGCGCGCGCGGCUGUGUGCCCGUGUGCUUGGCCGCGCCCACACGUGAGCCGGGGACGGCGGCUUAGCCUGCACAGAGGGUGCGCUGGACCAGAGAGCCCCAAGGCCUGUUGGAGCGAGCCCAAAUCUGGAUGGUUUGUAACAGGGGCUGAAGAACUGCGAGACCUUCCCGAGGGCGCCGACCCGGGCUGUUAAUGAAGGGAACUGACCUCUAACAACUGUGGCCCAGGGCAACGUCCCACCACACCCCCACGCCACGACGUUCCCUGGAGAAAGGUGCUUCAUCUGAAAGACAGUACAGUCACAGAGGUCCUGAGCAGACGCCCGCCAGUACCCAGCAGUGCUUCCCAACCCGGGAAGGCACUUCCUCUCCUCUCAGAGAGCAGUUUAUUCUGCCUUUACAAGCCAGGAUGAACCAGCACCUGCCAAAUUUUUGAGACAGCUCAAGGCUUAGAGGAAAGCUCAUCUAAAUAAAGGCUGGCUAAAGUGACACUGCAAGGACUUAGUUCUUCUUUGCCUGCCGGUGUGACCAGAAGGCUGAUUUGCAAGUUUCUUCUUUCCUGGGGUCCAGAUUAUUAGCUCUUUGGGGCCGUGUGACUUGAUAGCAAGAGAAGCACAAAAUGAAGAAGGUCAGAGAUAAGUACCAGCAGCAGGGACUUGAGCGCCUGCAAGGGGAUUUUGCACACUAGAGUGAAGGAUUCCCCAGCCAUCAGAGGAAGUAGCAAACUGAAGCUUUUGUCCUGGGACUCAGCGACCUACUACGGAGCAUCAGAGCCCAUGUCCAGCCAGAAAGUUCCUGGAGUCUAAAGAGGGAAGUGGCUGCAUGCCAGAUUGUGCAGUUGGUUAAAGCCUAGAUGUUCAACAUGAGGGAGGUUGUGAAAUGCAGGUUCUGACUUGGCUGGGCAGACUCUGCUGCCAUGUUUGCCUCUGCCCUCCUCUGACUGAAGCCCUGAGACUGAGGCUGUUCAUAAGGAGAGUCUUUGCCCAGCUCUGCAGGCCAGCCCUCAAGGACACUGGGCUCUGGCCGUCCUCUGCCCCAAUCUCCCACCCACUGGGUCUCUUUCACUUCACCUCAGCCCACCCUUGAUUGGUGCCUCUUUGCUAAGAUGGAGACGUGAUCCUAGACGAUGACUGCAGUGUAUGUGAAUGGAGGCAGCCUGGUGAACCCCCACUAUGCCAGGUGGGAUCGGCAGGAUAGUGUGGAAAGUGUCUGUCUGACGGAGUGCAGCAAGGAGGAUGAGGAGGGACAGCCCCAACAGCUGACUCCCUUUGAGAAGCUGACACAGGACAUGUCCCAAGAUGAGAAGGUGGUGAGAGAGAUCACACUGGGGAAACGGAUUGGCUUCUACCGAAUCCGAGGGGAAAUUGGAAGUGGAAACUUUUCCCAAGUAAAGCUUGGGAUUCACUCCCUUACCAAAGAAAAGGUGGCCGUUAAGAUUUUGGACAAGACCAAGUUAGACCAGAAAACCCAAAGGCUACUAUCCCGAGAAAUCUCCAGCAUGGAAAAACUGCACCAUCCCAACAUCAUCCGACUUUAUGAAGUUGUGGAGACCCUAUCCAAGCUCCACUUGGUGAUGGAAUAUGCAGGAGGUGGGGAGCUCUUUGGGAAAAUUAGCAAUGAAGGGAAGCUCUCAGAAUCAGAAAGCAAGCUCAUCUUCUCCCAGAUUGUGUCUGCUGUGAAGCACAUGCAUGACAAUCAAAUUAUUCAUAGAGAUUUGAAGGCAGAAAAUGUAUUCUAUACCAGUAAUACUUGUGUGAAGGUGGGUGAUUUUGGAUUCAGCACAGUAAGUAAAAAAGGUGAAAUGCUGAACACUUUUUGUGGGUCUCCUCCCUAUGCUGCUCCUGAACUUUUCCGAGAUGAACACUAUGUGGGGGUGUACGUGGAUAUCUGGGCUUUGGGGGUACUUCUGUACUUUAUGGUCACUGGCACAAUGCCAUUUCGGGCAGAGACUGUGGCCAAACUGAAGAAGAGCAUCCUCGAGGGCACAUACAGCAUGCCUCCGCAUGUGUCAGAGCCCUGCCAUCGCCUCAUCCGAGGAGUCCUUCAGCCGAUACCCUCGGAGAGGUAUGGGAUUGACAACAUCAUGAACAAUGAAUGGAUGCAAGGGGUGUCAUACCCCACCCCUAUGGAACCCUUCCAGCUGGAUCCCAAACAUUUGUCAGAAACCAGCACCCUCAAAGAAGAAGAAAAUGAGGUCAAAAGCACCUUAGAACAUUUAGGUAUUACCGAAGAUCAUAUUCGAAAUAACCAAGGAAGAGAUGCUCGAAGCUCAAUCACAGGGGUCUAUCGAAUCAUUUUACAUAGAGUUCAAAGAAAAAAGGCACUGGAAAGUGUCCCAAUAAUGACACUGCCAGACCCUAAAGAAAAGAACCUAAAGAAAGGGUCCCGUGUCUACAGAGGCAUAAGACACACAUCCAAAUUUUGUUCAAUUUUAUAAAUUGCAUUAGACUUCUGGUAAAGAUCACUGUUGCUACUUUUAAAAUUUUUCAGACUUAGUGGAGACAUUUUUGUAAUUUUUAAAUAAACUUAA